CAAGAAGAUCAAUCAGGCAGUUAACAGUUUAAAGUUGAAACUUAGAUACAAAUCUGAGAAGUCUGUUACUAAGGGUUUUCUUUCCCUCAGAACUCCGAGGGAAAGGAGCACUGCCUGUGUCCCUGUGACAGGCAGUUUCAUCGUUGAGGGAGAAGAAACAUUUUGAGGAAGGAAUUUCCUGUGUCUGUGUCUGUGUGUGACAGGCAGUUUUCAACCGACAGACGGCUCCCCCAGAGCCAUGUCCAGGUUCCUGAGGCACUUCACUGUAGUCGGGGAUGACCACUACAAAUGGAAUACCAGAUAUAAGAAAUGGGACAAUGAGGAUGAGGAUGAUGAGCAGCCACAGGUGCCGACAGGGCCAGCCCCAGGGGCCGAUGUUCCUGGGACCGAGAGCAACGCCGUCCAAGUUCCAGGGGAGACUGUCACGCCUCCAAAGGCCCCCCCAGACUUCAGGACUGUGAUGAGAAAGCUCUUCGGUUCCCACAGGUUUCAGGUUAUCAUCAUUUGCCUAGUCAUUAUGGAUGCCUUACUGGUGCUUGCUGAGUUGAUGUUAGACUUGAAAAUCAUCCAGCCUGACAAGGACAACUAUGCUGCCAGGGUGUUCCACUAUCUAAGCAUUGCCAUCUUGACCUUCUUCAUGAUAGAAGUUGCAUUAAAAUUAUAUGUCUUCCGCCUGGAAUUCUUCUACCACAAGUUUGAGAUCCUGGAUGCUGUUAUCGUGAUCAUCUCUUUUGUACUGGAUAUUGUCCUUCUGUUCCAAGAACACGCCUUUGAAGCCCUUGGCUUACUGAUCCUUCUCCGACUUUGGAGGGUGGCCAGGAUUAUCAAUGGCAUAAUUAUUUCAGUCAAGACACGUUCUGAACGACAGCUCUCGAGGCUGAAACUGAUUAAUCAUCAACUGGCCACUAAAAUUCAGCAUCUUGAAUUCAGCUGCACUGAGAAGGAGCAAGAAAUUGAAAGACUUAACAAACUCUUAAGAGAUCAUGGACUUCUCGAGUAGCUGGACCAGGCAAUAUUUGCUUAGCACCAUGGAGAAGAAAUGUGUUGCUUGAUGGACUGGCCUUGUGCACACGUCUGUGAAAUACCCUGGGGGUCUCCAGGGUAAUUUCUGGAAAUGAUCUGAAGCCUUCAUUUUACUCAUUCUCAGGUCUGAUGAUAUCCAGAUGUUACAUAGUUCCGCCUUCGAGCGAUCUUUUUUCCUUAACGUGAUGAGAGUUCUCUUUGUCCCCAAUGUUUCAUAAGCUAUGUUUUCUCCUCUUCCCAACUCUAACCUUGCUUGAAAAUGAUUGCUCUAGCUGGACGAGUUUGUAUAAAAUUUAAUUUUGCCAAAUGUACACUUUCAAAAUUGUUUUCCACAUAUUUCAGUAUUACAUUCCUUAGCUAUGGACAUUCUAAAAGACAAAAGCAAUAAAAAAAUUAUCUUAGGCUCCA